CCGAGAUUCUCUUUUCCUAAAUUCACUUCUGAUUGUCAAUUCUUGGUCAAUGCACAAAUAUUCCAGGAAAGAGAUGUUAGUGAAGAAUCUGGCUGGAAACUUGUGCAUGGUGAUGUUUUUCGGCCUCCUUUCAGUUUGGUUAUUCUUUCAGCUGUUGUUGGUACUGGUGCUCAGCUUGCAUUGCUGGUUCUUCUUGUCAUCUUGUUGGCUAUUGUUGGGAUGUUGUAUGUUGGGUAAGCAGUUAACCUUAAACUGACUGUAAUUUUACUCUGAAUAGUGAUUAUGUUAAUAAUUGUGUGAUUGUCAACAAAAUGGACUUAAUGCUAUAUGCACACGUUAUUUUCUGCUUACACAUUUUAUCUAUCACCAAAUGUUUCAUUUGUAUAGUUUUCCUAUUGACUAUAUUUUGUAUGGCCACUUGUUAUCCCUUAUUAUCUAAGUUUCCUUCAAUGUGCAGACGAGGAGCCAUUGUCACAACCUUCAUUGUGUGCUAUGCUCUCACAUCUUUCAUUUCUGGUUAUGUGAGUGGAGGAAUGUACUCACGUAAUGGGGGUAAGAAUUUGCUUUGAACUGUGCUACAUGUUCUCUUUGUGUUUGUUUGGGCAGCUGUUUUUCAUUCUCUCUCAGAUGACUAUAACUGUGCUUAUCAUUUUUAGGUAAAAAUUGGAUUAAAUCCAUGAUCCUUACAGCUUCACUGUUCCCAUUCAUGUGCUUUGGAAUUGGAUUUAUCUUAAACACAGUUGCUAUAUUUUAUGGAUCUCUAGCAGCUAUCCCCUUUGGUACAAUGGUGGUUGUCUUUGUUAUUUGGGCUUUUAUCUCUUUCCCACUAGCACUUCUUGGCACAGUUGUUGGAAGAAAUUGGAGUGGUGCUCCGAAUAAUCCAUGUCGUGUUAAGACCAUUCCUCGCCCCAUUCCUGAGAAAAAGUGGUACCUCACACCAUCUGUAGUUUCUCUGAUGGGGGGACUGCUUCCGUUUGGCAGCAUAUUCAUUGAGAUGUAUUUUGUAUUUACUUCCUUCUGGAAUUACAAGGUGAAUUUCAAUGCAAUUAUUUGUUUCUGGCAGUAAAGUGCUUUUUCUUCCCUUGUUCGUUUGGGUUAAGAUUUGCUUUUACUUCAGAGCCUAGCUAAUUUUUAUUUCUCGAGGAAAAUAUUUCUACAUUACGGUCUUUCAAGUAGUAAAUCAUAUAUUCCUGUGAAAGCUGAAUAACCCCAUGCACUGUUGCCUUACGUGGUUCUUUUCCCCUUCCACUUUGUGACAAACAGGUGUACUAUGUCUAUGGCUUCAUGCUACUGGUUUUUCUGAUUCUUAUCAUUGUUACUGUCUGUGUGACAAUUGUGGGGACAUACUUUUUGUUAAAUGCUGAGAACUACCACUGGCAAUGGACGUCUUUCUUUUCAGCUGCCUCUACAGCUGUUUAUGUGUAUUUGUACUCAGUAUACUACUACUAUGUGAAGACAAAGAUGUCAGGCUUCUUCCAAACCAGCUUCUAUUUUGGAUACACUUUGAUGUUUUGUCUUGGACUGGGAAUUUUGUGCGGUAAGUCUUCAGUUUAAUUGCAAUCUCUGUUUCAAUCAUUUGUUCACUCUGCUGAAGUGAAACGGAAUACAUUAAUUAUGUGCAGAAUACCUUUUUUUUUUAUACAAGCUACUGUGUUCCUGUCACCUGAAUUGAAUUGAAGUUUUUCUCCUAUUGUGCAGGAGCUGUGGGUUAUCUUGGUUCGAAUUUAUUUGUGAGGAGGAUCUACAGAAACAUCAAGUGUGACUAAGGCUUUUCUAGGAGUCUGAGACCAGAGCACUUCCAAAUGUUUGUUGCUGGAGACAGUAAAUUCUUAAAGGAAGCCUUUGGUCGUGUGGGGACUGAACAAUGUUUACAGGUAGUAUCACAGGGUUGAGGAUGGUGAUGUAUUCUUUCUCAAUAUUAGGAAAGCCCUGAGAUUUUUUCCCUGGCUGUAAGUGAAAGCCUUGGUUUAGAAUGCAGGGACUGGUCUUUGUAAUUUAGAUAGUUAGCAAAAUAUCAGACUCGAUGAUACUUUUUCCUCCUUUUAUAAAUAGGUGCCCGAUUGACGGACUGAUGUCUGAUUCCCCUACACGGUUUAGCUAUUGUACGUAGAGGGGAUGAAGUCUCGGAAAUGAAUUUUGUGCUUCUGAAUUUUGUAUCAAAUCUGAAUAUCCUUUCUAACUACUUCCUGAAAACAUCUCUUCUUAAUCUUUUAGGCAAUUUUUUCUUUUUUGCCUUCUAAUGUUGUUUAGACUCUAUAUAUUUCGAUGUCUCUUCGAGUUUGGGUGUAACACCGCGAGGCACGAUUUUAGCCAAUAAUAAAUGAGUAGAUAAAUAGUUUGUCCUGCUGCACGUCCGUUUCUCAACUGUGCGCUGUUUUAGUCAUUUUCUGUAACUUUUGGAGGUUUUAUUUGAACAUAGGGUGUAAAAUGCAGUACGUCAAGGAUAAACAUUCAAUGGUUGUAGUGGCAAAAGUAUUUUGCUCCUUUUUGCUCUCUUUUGAUAUUCAAGUGUUAAGGAACUGUUGAUGGGGUUACAUUUGAAUUUGGCAAAAAUUCAAGUUUAUUUUAACAAUUUUUUCGCAAUUGUUUAUGUUUAUUCAAAUAUGUUUGUAAUUUUUUCUCCCAACGCAAUCGUAUAAGUAAUGUUACUAGUAGUUAAGUCAUUAUAACAGCAGUACAAGCAUUUAGAGAUUGAAAAUUGGAUUUGUGGCUCUUAAACGCUCGAAAUUCCCUGCCGGUAACCCUUUUGAAAUUCCAAAGACGAUUUUAACAGGAAAAUCCGCAUUCCUUCCCUUGUAAUAUUUUAUCGUAUAGAGCCAUAUAAAAAAAUUCAAUAAAUUGUUCAUAAAGUGAAACUUGUGCGGUGAGGAUUGUGCUAACCACGAUCACCUAUAAUCUGUGGUGAUAAUAGAGAUAGAUAGAGUGAGGCAUAAAAUACUGCCACGUGGCAGAUAGGAUUGCAUGCCACUUCACGUCGCUGCUUGUUGUAACCACACUAUUUCCACAAGCUCCCCAUUAUUAUCAACAAUAAGCAGCGGUUGGUAGAGAGAGAGGAGCACACUCCAGAGUUUGCAAUACCAAAAGAAUGGCCAACACACCAGCUUUCGGUAGCACCAUGGUGAGCACCUCCUUCCUGAGGAGGCAGCCAGUGAGCACGAGUCUUAAGGCAUUCUCCAACGUGGGUCAAACUGCGUUUGGUUUAAAAGGAGGACGUGGAGGUCGUGUCACUUGCAUGGCUGUAUACAAGGUGAAGCUGAUCACCCCAGAAGGACCUCAAGAAUUUGACUGCCCAGAUGAUGUUUACAUUCUUGACCAAGCAGAAGAGAUAGGUGUUGAGCUUCCCUACUCAUGCAGGGCUGGUUCUUGCUCUUCCUGUGCUGGCAAAGUUGUGGGUGGCCAAGUGGACCAGUCGGACGGUAGCUUCCUUGAUGAUGACCAAAUAGAAGGAGGAUUUGUUCUCACCUGUGUUGCUUUCCCCAAGUCUGACGUUGUUAUUGAGACCCACAAAGAGGAGGAGCUCACUGCUUAAAUCUUCUUCCCAUUGCCUCUUCAAGAUUCUUCCCCUCCAACGACCACACCCCCCCCCCCCCAAUCAUGUUAUGUUGUUGCGUUUAAUUUUGUGCCUUUUUCUGUGGAUGUGGUUGUCUAUGAUGAGCAACUUAUGCCUUAAUAUUAUUUCUCUUGUAGUAUAACAAGUGAACUUGUUGCAACUUCAAUAAUGUUUUCCUGCAUAUAAUAUCUUUUUCUCUCCUUUCCUCUCUUCUGUGAUGAAUAAGAAUUCUGAAUUUUCAUAG